GGGGGAACCGGCCCGUGGGGACCCCGUCCCAGCACCGGGGAGCCUCCCGGGAGCCUUGUCGAGCUCGCUCUGCUUCCUCCCGCCCCGGGCAGGUUGGAUCGAUUUGAGAAAACCAACGAGAUGCUGCUCAACUUCAACAACCUCUCCAGCAUCCGCAUGCAGCAGAUGAACGAGCGUUUCCUCCACCACACCAAGACGCUGGUGGAAAUGAAGAAGGACCUGGACAGCAUCUUCCGCCGGAUCCGGACGCUGAAAGGGAAGCUGGCGAAGCAGUACCCGGAGGCCUUCAGCAACAUCCACGAAUCUCCCAUCCUAGAAGACGAUGAUGACUUCGACCCUGUCCCAAAAAGCACGACGACCACCAUCGCUACCUCUGAACAGACCACGGAGUCCUGCGACACCAGCCCUGACAUCAUCUCUCCCACCAUGAGUCAGGAUUUUGAAGAUCUAUCCCAAGGCCAGUACGAUUUACCGGCUGUGAACGGACAGAGUCUCACAGAUGAAGACGUGGCCAAUGACCUGGACUAGGGUGUGCAGGUCCUGCACCGCCGCCUCCUGCCCCU